AAAAACUAAUCAAAAUUAAUUAUAAAGAUCUAUUAGAUUAUAUGAAAGUUGCAAUUUUAGUUGUUUAUAAAUAAAAGAAGGAAUAUUAAUUAUUUUUAUUAAAGUUCAAAUAUUUAUUAUAAUAUAAUAAAAUCCAAAAAAAAAACGUUAUUUUUUAAUUUUAUAAAUAUUCUUCAUUUUAGAAUUAAUGGUUAAAGAUCUUUUUACUUUUUAAUUACUUAAUAAUAUACAUUUUAAUUUAUCAACUGUUUUAAUCAAGGAUAAAAAUUCGUACAUUGCUUAAUUUAUUUUUCUCUUUUUAUUCUAUUGAAAACGUUUCUCUUCUUCAGAUAAUUAAUUUAAAAAAAUACCCUUUUUUCAUUAAAUAUUCAAUAAAAAUAUAUUGUAUCAAAAUAAAAACUUCGACCUUAACAAAAAAAUAUAUAUAAUGAAAAGUAGACACGUUAACAAUAUCGAUACAUUCCCGUCCUUCGCUGGCGGUAUACACAUCGCGUUAUGCGUUAUGGACAAUGAUAUAAUAAGAAGCUCACAAACAAAUUAAUUCGUAAUAAUUAUGUACCAGUCAUUUUAUAUUUUCAGGCACUCAAGAUUGUUCAACUCACUACAAUCACGUGUAAUGUUCUUUUAUGUUAUUGUGUGUUCAGUGAUGCUGUGUGCUUGUGCCUAUCAACUAACAGCAGCGACAUCCGCAAUGCAGAUACUAGUGCAGGUGGAAUAUUUAAUUUUUGGCCUCUCAGAACUUUUUCUAUUUUGUUGGCAUAGUAACGAAGUCAUGUUGAAAAGCGAAGAUGUGGUGCUUGGUCCAUAUGAAAGUCAAUGGACCGGAAUAAGUCGAAAACAUAAGAAGAAUAUUAUUUUGCUGAUUGGUCAACUUCAAAACAGACUUGUAUAUACUGCUGGACCGUUCACCGAUCUUACAGUGGCCACAUUUAUUAACCGUAACCGAACCAUUUUUGAAGAAGCGAUAACUGGUAAUGAGAGUGGAUCACGUAUGACAAGAACGUGCAAAAAAGAUCGUGGUAAAAAGGUUGGUCAGGCUUCACAGACGUGGUGA